AUGGUCGAGACACGAUCCGGAAAAAAGUGCGACGGUACUCCAGUGAACGAAAAUAGUGUAAAUAAUUUAACACCGGAAGUUACCGAAAUUCCCGAAAGCAUAAGUGAAGAAAGUGCGCGUUCAAACCCAAUAAUGGCUCUCUCAUUAGAAACCGCGGAAAGAAUGUUAAUUAAGUUUGAUGGUACUCGGUCCUUACUGUAUGAAUUUAUUGAUAAUUGUGAUACGGCCCUAGAAAGUAUAGAUAACAAUAAAAAAGAAAUUUUAUUCUCGAUAAUUAAAACUAAGUUAACAGGUAAAGCGAGAGAACUAACGCGAAGUAGGCAAUUCACAACUUGGAAUUCAUUAAAAGAUCAUUUAGUAGAAAUUUAUGCUGAUAGGAGAACACAGGCGCAAUGGCAACUAGAAUUAAACUCUUGUAAACAAAGAUUCAAUGAGGACGUUUCGUUAUAUGCAAGUAGAGUAGAAAAUUGUUGCACUGAAUUGAUUAAUUCGCUUAGUACCACCCUUACAGCUGAUGCUCACAAGGCGUGUGUAGACCUUUUUAAAACUCAGGCAUUAAAUGUGUUCGUGGCAGGACUAACCAAGGAUCUAGCAUUGUUAGUAAAGGCACAAAAACCAGAUAGUUUAGAAGACGCAAUUUCGAUAGCAAUUAAUGAAGAACAAGAAAUAAGAUCUAAAAUUGAAAUCCAAAAAUUUCGCUCUGGUUCACUUUCUGGUCAGUUUUGUAAUUUUUGCCGAAAAUCGGGACAUUCUAUAACUAAUUGUCGGAAUAAAUUUAAUAACCGUAACUUACACAAUAAUCGCAGCUACGGCAAUAGUUCGAAAUAUGAUAAUCGAAAUGGAAAUAAUUGUAGUACUAAUGAUAACACGAAUAACAGCAAUUUAAACUUCCCCGGUCCUUCAAGUUUACCGGCACCUCUGAAGGCUACACAUAUUCUGCAAGCCGGAUCUCAACUAUAA